AUGGCCGCUCUGCGUGUCUCUGUGAAGCUCGGAAAGGAAACCACAGACCUGGACUUCGACAAUGCAGAAGCGACUCUGGGGGACCUGCGCUCGAAGAUCGAGCAGGACAUGUCCCUCGCGAAGGCUAAGCAGCAGCUGAUCUGCGCUGGCAGACGGUGGCAAGGUAUCGCCUUCACGGAUAGUUUGACUCUGCGCGAGGCGGCUGGUGCCAAGGGCCUCAAAGACGUGGAUGGGGUGAAGACCAUCCACGUGAUGCUGAUACCACCCGCGCCAUCCGCUGGGGUGGGCGACACAGAUGAGGUUUCUCGAUGUGCAGCUCAAGUGGGUGAGGCACGUGAAAUCGUUGCGAAGCUGCCUGACACAAAAAGCGACGAAGCUCGCAAGGCGGUGCUUCUUGCCCAAGAUCUCCUUGUCAAGGCUUCCACCGCUCUCGACAACCUGGAUUUGGUUGGCGCGCAGAGGGAGCGACGGCGGGAUCUCCUGAAACAGAUUGAGGCAGUGGAGCAAGACAUCGAGGCCAAGAAGAGGACAUGA